UUGCACAUAGAUGGAAUAUAAUGCGGAAAAAAUAUCGAUGUUGUGAGCGUUGACAGAUUCCAUUUAAUUUCCGUAAUUCACAAUUGAACAACUCAUAUCCCGGUAAAAAAUAUUUUUGUUUAGUCACCACACUAAUUUCAAACAUAACGGUCGCAAUUGUAAAAAAAUUAAGGAGAAGACUUUGUGCGCGAGUGGAAAAGUUCCAACAUGGCUAACAUAUACAACUUGUGGAAUGACGAUGACGAGCAAUCUGAGGCUUCAAUCAUCGUGUAUUAUAACAUUAAAAUGUUUAUAAAAGACGCUGCUAAAACAAGCUCGAAAAGAGAAAAGGAAAACAUUAAAGAAAUAUAUGGUAACAAUGAUGAAAAGCCUCCUGUCCGAAUAUUUGUUUUGUAUAAAGAUACAUUUGUACAAAGGGGUAGUUCAGGCAGAAUAGCAAUUAAUAGACGAAGAAAUUCAGGCCUCCUGAAAAGUAAUGCUGAAUCACCAUUUGUGUCGAUUUUAAUCUUUUGGUAUUCUUCGCGGCCUAAUAGAGAUGAGAUCGAAAAAUUUCCGAACAAUUUUGCUUUCAACAAAAGCAAUACACGGAACGGAGAGCGUGACAAAUUUAUAAAGAAUGUGUCACCAAAUUAUGAAAAAGAAUCCGUUGACUCUACUUUCAGAAUAACUUUUGUCAAACAUGGUGACUCGUCAGAAGCCUACGAAAUAGAUGUGGUCGCCACCAGCAACGGUUGUAGAAGAGAAGUUAGAUACAGAUAUUCUCAAAAACCAGUCCCAGGUACUUCAGAUGAGUUAAAUCGACAGAAAAAGCAAAAUUACGGCAAUGUGGAUGACCACUCAGGUAACUUUCGCCUAAAACAGAAACCAACCAAUGAAGAUGAUUAUGUUGGCUCAGAAAUGUAUUAUGAGAAUUUGAAACACGAAAACGGAAGUGACGAUAUCAUUUCAGAAACAAAUCAUGAAGCAUUGAAACAUGACCUUAUUGGGCACAGCAUUUCGCAAUCAAAGCACGACAGCGAAAGUAAUGAUGACAGUUCCAGAAAGGUUUAUGAAAUCUUUAAACAUAGCAACGGCAGCGUUAAUGGAAACGUGACAUGUUUCCCUAAAAUAUCAAUACACGACUUGGGAAGUGAUGACAUCAGUUCGGAAAAGAAUUUAAGAAAUUUGGAACAGAAACAAGACUAUGGAGAGAUCAGUGGAAACAAGAAUGGUGUUAAUGUAAUUCAUGAUCAAAAAUCCGACGGUGCAAGGAUCAGCCCAGGUAAAUGUUACCAAAAUUCAAGACGUACCUCCGGUAGUUUGCAAGACAACCCAGAAACACUUAAUCCAUAUUUAGACACAAACUUUGACAGUGUAGAUUACUUUAACGAUGUUGACGAAAUAGCUUUUGAAAAGUCUGGUUUCGACUCUUUGGCGAUAUUUGCUAUGCUUUUGAAAACUAUUGCAAUUAUUGUAGAGGAAUAUAGCGAAAACGAUACCAAAGGUAACAAAAACUCGAAGAAUGGUAGAGGAACAAAGUUUCGGAUGGUGAUGAUUCCCUCGGAGAUAUUUGAAGAGGCCAUGAGACAAUGCCAUAUUGCAACUGUUGAACUGACGUACAGCAAUAUUUUCCCGAGCGAUUGCCGCAUGUUUGUUUGUGUACCUAUCUACAGGAACGGGUAUAUACACAGAAAAGAUCAGAUGUAAAUGUGACUGAACUGGAAAAAAACAGAACAUAAUUAUAGUAGUCGUACAUGUAUAUGAUUAUUGUCUGGAAGUUAUCGUUUAUACGAUAAGUCUUCCUUAAUUUGUGGUCAUUUUGAUUUGCUGAAUCAUAUUCAGAAUUUACUUGAUAAGUAUAUGGUUGAGUAUCAAAGUUGUUUAUACCUUUGUUAUUGGAGGACUAUUCGAUUUUCUUCAGUUCCUCAUAAACGGAGUAUAGCAUUCAGCAUUCCAAAAUAUGCGAUGACUUUUGGCAGUACAUACCAGAGGAUUUUCAUUAGUCAUAGAUUAAAAUCAUUGCUUUUUCAGCAUUCACAAGUAAAUUGAUUGAAUCACAUGCAUGCAUACAUGGAAAGUAUUGUCAAACAAAGCAUUGAUUUGUUAAUGAAUUGACAUUCCUUGAAAGCUUAUAACAAUAAAGUUUGAAUUAUGUUCAUUUCGUUUUAAAUAUAAUCAUUUAAUUGUGAUAAUAAAAUAAAGCUA